AUGAGAGAAAUCGUUCAUAUGCAAACUGGUCAAUGUGGUAACCAGAUCGGAGCUAAGUUCUGGGAAGUAAUCUCUGAUGAACAUGGUAUCGACCCAACUGGAACUUACCACGGUGAUUCUGAUCUUCAGUUGGAGAGAAUCAACGUUUAUUAUAAUGAAGCUACAGGAGGAAAAUAUGUUCCCAGAGCUGUUCUCGUCGAUCUGGAACCUGGUACCAUGGAUUCUGUACGAUCAGGACCUUUUGGUCAGAUCUUUCGUCCAGAUAAUUUUGUCUUUGGUCAGAGUGGUGCUGGCAAUAACUGGGCUAAAGGUCAUUAUACAGAAGGUGCCGAGUUGGUUGAUUCAGUUCUGGAUGUGAUGGAAUUUACGGAAGCUGAAUCUAACAUGAAUGAUCUGGUAUCUGAAUAUCAACAAUACCAGGAUGCUACAGCUGAAGAGGAAGGAGAAUUUGAUGAAGAAGAAGGCGAAGAAGAAGGUUAAAUAUCAGAUAGAGAAAUCUAAAUAAAGUAUUAUAAAUUGUUUUAAUUAUUGUUAUAUAUUUAUU